CACACACAUUAGCCCACUAAUUAACACACUACGUUUCCAAAUCCAAGCAAUCGACGCUUUGCGUUUCGCAUCUCAGUUAUCCUUGCACGCGCGUAUCAACUGUCAAAAUUCUAGUGUCUAAAAUUUCCGCCGAAAAAAAAAGACCUACGGCCCCAGCGCGCCGAUGGCGAUCGUGUUCCAGUUUUGCCAGGCUCAGCUCGUCAAACUGCAUCGUUUUCUGCUCGGCAACCAUCAAAGGCUGCUGUUUACCUCGCUGCUGAUUGGCAUGACCACCGGUACCGUGCACUGGCAAUCCAUACGCCACCCUGCCCUGGUGGAUCAUCUCCACGAAAACUUACGCACCUUUCCGGUGGAAAUAUCGUUCGGUGCGGUCGCCCUCCUGUCCUUCGGUGCGCUGCUAUCCUACGGCCUUUACCGGCACCAUCUCUGUGGCAAGGAGCGGCGUGCAAGGGUCGCCAUUCGCCAGCGCUACAUCGACUACAUCGUGCUGUGUCUGAUGGUAAGCGUAGCGAAUGCCGCCCGCCAGCACCUGCACUGCCCGGAUAAGGAGGGGCUUGGGCUGCAGCAGCUCGAAGGCUACCGGCGUGACAUCGAGGUCGCCAUCGCUCGGUUCCGGGCUAGUGCGAGAAAGCUGCUCCAGGAGCCGCCCCUACCGCUGGCCAACUCGCACACCUUUCUCGAGCGCUACUUCCGCCUGGACGAUGAACGGUUCGGGGAGGAGAUCCUUAGCCUGAAACGAGACGCUGGAUCACUGAUGAACGUACCGGGCAUCAAAGGACUGCUAAGUCGGUAAGCUUCGCAUGGAUAUCCGGAGUCUAGCCCUGUUCCGCAAGAAGCAAACCGUUUCGGACGAUAUCGAC